GGCGUUUUGGCGAAGUCCUCCGUUUGCCAUCACUUCGCUUUACUGUCUAUUUUAUUCUCAGUGUGAAUGAGUUUGCGGCUUCACGGGAGCGCUGUAAUGUGAAAAGCCGCAUUUGCACUAUUAGCACUCUCACACUGAAAAGAAAAACACGAGAGCACGUUUCUUUUCUCUUCACAGCUAGUCAUAUCCCGAGAGUGGAUUAACACAUUUAAGUGCUACAACCAUGUCCAGGUCAGCGGGGGGCAGUGCUAAUGAUGUCACCCGCCUCCUGGCCACAGGGGCGGGGCCUGGGUCACCAACCUCAAAGUUCUCUGCCUCUAGCCAAGCUGAUUGGGCGGCUAAGAGACUUGUAUGGGUGCCUUCAGAGAAACAUGGGUUUGAGUCUGCAAGUGUGCGCGAGGAGCGGGGCGACGAGGUGGAUGUGGAGCUUACUGACAGUGGGAAGAAAAUGACGCUUUCGAGGGAGGAGCUCCAGCGGAUGAACCCACCCCGAUUCAGUAAAGUUGAAGACAUGGCCGAUCUCACAUGCCUCAAUGAGGCCUCUGUCUUACACAAUCUACGAGAGAGAUACUAUUCAGGACUCAUAUAUACAUACUCCGGCCUGUUUUGUGUGGUGAUCAACCCCUAUAAGAACCUGCCCAUCUAUACAGAAUCCAUCAUAGAGAUGUAUCGUGGGAAGAAACGGCAUGAGAUGCCUCCACAUAUCUACGCCAUAUCGGAGGCGGCCUACAGGAGCAUGCUGCAAGACAGAGAAGAUCAGGCCAUCCUGUGCACAGGGGAAUCUGGUGCAGGAAAGACAGAGAACACAAAAAAAGUGAUUCAGUAUCUGGCACAUGUGGCGUCCUCACACAAGUCUGGCACUCUGGGACGGCCCAAAGACAGCGCCCUACAGAUGGAUGGUACGCGCUCUCUGGGUCGUGGCAGUAGUGCUGUGAACAGGACUAUGCAGUAUGGUGAGCUGGAGAGACAGUUACUGCAAGCGAACCCCAUCCUUGAGGCCUUCGGCAAUGCCAAAACGGUCAAAAACGACAACUCUUCCAGAUUUGGCAAAUUCAUCAGGAUCAACUUUGAUGUUGCUGGAUAUAUUGUUGGUGCUAAUAUUGAGACCUAUCUGCUGGAGAAGUCUCGAGCCAUUAGGCAGGCUAAAGACGAGCGAACCUUCCAUAUCUUCUACCAGCUCCUCUCUGGAGCUUCUGAGGCCAUGAGAAAGGAGCUUCUGCUGGGCAGCGCGGAUCAAUACCGCUUCCUCUGCGGGGGGUCACUUCCUGUUCCGGGUCAGAGUGAUUCAGAAAACUUCACUCAGACAAUGGAUUCAGUGACCAUCAUGGGCUUCACCCCGGAAGAAUCCACAUCUAUGUUAAAGGUGAUCUCUGCAGUGCUGCAGUUUGGGAAUAUCACGUUUCACAAAGAGAAGAACACAGAUCAGGCCUCAAUGCCGGACGACACAGCAGCGCAGAAGCUCUGCCACCUGCUGGGCAUCAGUGUACUGGAGUUCAGUCGAGCCAUUCUCACUCCCCGCAUCAAAGUGGGCCGCGAGUAUGUCCAGAAGGCCCAGACCAAGCAGCAGGCUGAUUUUGCGAUAGAGGCUUUGGCGAAGGCCACAUAUGAGCGUCUGUUCCGCUGGCUGGUGCACCGGAUCAACAGAGCCCUGGACCGCAGACAGCGUCAGGGAGCCUCGUUCAUCGGGAUCCUGGACAUUGCUGGAUUUGAGAUCUUCCAGCUGAACUCAUUCGAGCAGUUAUGUAUCAACUACACUAAUGAGAAACUGCAGCAGCUGUUUAAUCACACCAUGUUUGUACUGGAGCAAGAGGAGUAUCAGCGAGAGGGCAUCGAGUGGAACUUCAUUGACUUCGGACUGGAUCUUCAGCCCUGUAUCGAUCUCAUUGAGAGACCGGCUCAUCCUCCUGGUGUGCUGGCAUUGUUGGAUGAGGAGUGUUGGUUCCCGAGGGCAACUGAUCGCUCAUUUGUGGACAAACUGUCAGCUGAGCAGGGUACACACUCAAAGUUCAUGCGGCCACGGCAGCUUAAGGAAGAGGCCGACUUCUCCAUUAUACACUAUGCUGGCAAGGUGGACUAUAAGGCAGAUGAGUGGCUGGUGAAGAACAUGGAUCCUUUGAACGAUAAUGUGGCAUCUCUCCUGCAUCAGUCAUCUGACCCCUUCAUCUCUGAGCUCUGGAGGGAGGAUAUUCAAACUCUUCCUCGUGUGUACUUUUUUGACUCUUAUGCCACGCUGCAAACCAAUGGCUCUGACAGCAUGGAGAGGAUUGUGGGUCUGGACCAGGUGUCGUCCGGCGAGAACAGUGGACCGGUGAAUUUUGGGGCCGCCGGGCUCAAGACGAAGAAGGGCAUGUUUCGCACAGUGGGGCAGCUCUACAAAGAGUCCCUCACUAAACUGAUGGCCACCCUCCGCAACACCAACCCCAACUUCCUGCGCUGCAUCAUCCCCAACCAUGAGAAAAGGGCAGGGAAGUUGAGUCCUCAUUUGGUUCUGGAUCAGCUGAGGUGCAAUGGGGUGCUGGAGGGGAUCAGGAUCUGCAGACAGGGCUUCCCGAACCGCGUCCCAUUCCAGGAGUUCAGACAGAGGUAUGAGAUCUUGACUCCAAAUGCUAUUCCUCGAACCUUUAUGGAUGGCAAACAGGCGUGUGAGCUCAUGAUCAGUGCUUUGGAGUUGGACAAGAAUCUUUUCCGGGUAGGACAGAGUAAGGUGUUCUUCCGGGCUGGAGUCCUGGGUCAUCUGGAGGAAGAACGAGACUUGAAGAUCACUGACACCAUCAUCCGCUUCCAAAGCGCAGCCCGUGGAUAUCUCGCCAGGAGGGCAUUCCAUAAGAAGCAGCAGCAGCUCAGCGCCCUGCGUGUGAUGCAGAGGAACUGUGCUGCAUACCUGAAGCUCAGAAACUGGCAGUGGUGGAGACUCUUCACCAAGGUGAAGCCCUUGCUGCAGGUGACCCGUCAAGAUGAAGAGAUUCAAGCUCGGGAAGCACAGCUUCAGAAAGCCAAAGACAAGCUGAGUAAACUAGAGCUUGACUUCUCUGAACUGGACAAAAAAAACCAACAGCUGAUGGAGGAGAAGUCAGUGCUGACGGACCAGCUGCAGGCGGAGGCGGAGUUAUUCGCAGAGGCGGAGGAAAUGAGAGCACGGCUGGCCAGUCGCAAACAGGAGCUUGAAGAUGUUUUGGGAGAGCUCGAGAGCCGAUUGGAGGAAGAAGAGGAGAGGACCGUUCAGCUGACCAAUGAGAAGAAGAGAAUACAGCAACAUGUGCAGGAUUUGGAAGAACAGCUAGAGGAGGAAGAGGGGACACGUCAGCGCCUCCAGCUGGAGAAAGUCACCCUGGAAAGCAAAGUGAAGAGUCUGGAGGCCGAGACUUUGACUGUGGGAGAGCAAAGAGACAGAUUAAGCAAGGAGAAGAAACAGCUGGAAGAGAGACUGAAUGAAGUGGCGGAUCAACUAACAGAGGAAGAGGAGAAGGUGAAGAGUCUUAACAAGCUGAAAAACAAACAGGAAGCUGUCAUCGCUGAUUUAGAAGAGCGCCUGAAGAGGGAAGAGCAGGGUCGUCUGGAACAGGAGAAGUGGAAGAGACGGAUGGAAGGAGAAGCAGUGGAGGCUCAAGAGCAGCUGUCUGACAUGAGCUUACUCGUCACAGAGUUGAGAGGCAGCCUGAGCCAAAGAGAGAAAGAGAUCACCACACUACAGACACGGCUGGAAGAAGAGGGGGCACGUCGUACAGAAGCUCAGAGAGCCCUCAGAGAGGCUAUGUCUCAGGUCUCAGAGCUCAAAGAGGAGGUGGAUAAUGAACGAGGGAUGAGGGAGAGAGCCGAAAAACAGAGGAGAGAUCUAGGGGAGGAGUUAGAGGCUUUGAGAACUGAACUAGAAGAUACACUGGACACUACAGCUGCUCAGCAAGAGCUCAGGUCUCGUCGUGAAGCUGAAUUAGGAGAGCUUCAGAGAUGCUUAGAGGAGGAGACCCGUCGUCAUGAAGCCCAGCUAUCAGAGCUCCGCAUCAAACACACUGCUGCUAUAGAUUCCCUACAGGAGCAGCUUGACAAUGCCAAAAGGUCCCGUCAGUCUCUGGAGAAGGCGAAGGCUGUUCUGGAGGAGGAGCGCAUGAACCUGAGUGCUGAGCUGAAGACAUUACAGGGAGGGAAGAUGGAGAGCGAGAGGGGCAGAAAGAGAGCGGAGGGACAGUUACAGGAAGUCAACGCACGUCUCUUACAGGCUGAGAGAGAAAGAGAAGAGCGAGAGGAACGACUUAGUAAACUCCAGUCAGAGCUUGAGUCUCUGUCCAACUCCCUCUCUUCAUCUGACUCCAAAUCUCACCGUCUAAGUAAGGAGGUCAGCAGUCUGGAGAGCCAACUACAUGAUGUGCAGGAGCUACUGCAGGACGAGACAAGGCAGAAGUUGGCGCUGGGCUCACGUGUACGUGCUCUAGAGGAAGAGAAAGCUGGAUUGAUGGAGAGACUAGAGGAGGAGGAGGAAAAGACCAGAGAACUUACACGCCAGAUUCAAAACCAUACACAACAGCUGUCUGAUCUGAAGAGGCAGACAGAGGAAGUGAAUUCAGCAGUGGAGGCCGGGGAGGAGGCCAGGAGGAAGAUGCAGAGAGAGCUGGAGAACGCUACACAGAGAGAGAGAGCCAAAGAAGAAGAGAAAGAACGCAUAGAAAGACAGAAAGAACGGCUGAGAGAAGAGAUAGAGGACAUGACCAUCGCUCUGCAGAGAGAGAGACAAAACUGCACUGCUCUGGAGAAGAGACAGAAGAAAUUUGAUCAGUGUUUGGCAGAGGAGAAGGCAGUGAGUGCUCGGCUGCUGGAGGAACGGGACCGUGCAGAAGCAGAGAGUCGAGAGAAAGAGACACGCUUCCUGUCUCUCUCCAGAGCAUUGCAGGAAGCAACAGAGCAGAGAGAUGAGCUGGAGAGAACCAAUAAGCAGCUCCGCGUGGAGAUGGAGCAGCUCGUCAACGCCCAAGAUGACGUGGGCAAAAAUGUUCAUGAGCUGGAGCGUUCUCGGAGGGCUUUGGAAACAGAGGCACAAUCUCUGAAAGAACAGACCCAAGAGCUGGAGGAUGAGCUGACAGAGGCGGAGAACGCUCGCCUUCGACUGGAGGUCACCCUUCAGGCCCUUAGAGCUCAGUUUGAGAGAGAGAUCAGCACUAAGGAGGAGAAAGGAGAAGAAAAGAGAAGAGCACUCAACAAACAGGUGCGUGAGCUUGAAACAAUGCUUGAAGAGGAGAAGACUCAGAGAGCUCAGGCUUUGACGGUCAAGAAACAACUGGAGACAGAGCUGCAGGAGGCGGAGGCUCAGGUGGAAGCAGCCAAUCGGGGCAGAGAGGAAGCACUUAGACAGAUGAAACGUCUCCAGACUCAGAUGAAGGAGCUCAUUCGUGAGCUUGACGAGACCAAGUUGGCUCGAGACGAGAUUGUCGCCCAGUCAAAGGACAGCGAGAAACGGCUGCAGACUUUGGAGGCAGAACUAUUACAGCUGACAGAGGAGCUGGCCGUUUCUGAGAGGCAGCGGAGACAGGCCCAACAGGAGAGAGACGAAAUGGCGGAUGAAAUUGUCAACACUGCAACUGGAAAAUCUGCACUGUUUGAUGAGAAGCGGCGUCUUGAGGCAAGAAUCACUCAGCUUGAGGAAGAGUUAGAGGAGGAACAAAGUAAUGCUGAACUUCUAGCAGAGAGACAGAGGAAGAACACCUUACAGGUUGAGACUCUUACAGUCCAGUUAUCUGGAGAGAGGACACUUGCACAGAAGAGCGAGAGCGCACGAGAGGCUCUCGAGAGGCAGAAUAAAGAGCUGAAGACUCGUCUCAGCGAGAUGGAGGGAGCCGUGAAGGGGAAACAUCGCCUCAGCGUCGCCGCCCUGGAGGCCAAGAUAGAAUCGAUGGAGGAACAACUGGAGCAGGAGAGACAAGAGCGAGCCAUAGCCAAUAAACUGGUGAGGAAAACAGAGAAGAAACUGAAGGAAGUUUUGAUGCAGGUGGAGGAUGAAAGGAGACAUGCAGAUCAGUAUCGAGAGCAGUUGGAUAAAUCUAUGGGGCGUCUCCGUCAGCUGAAGAGGCAGUUAGAGGAGGUGGAGGAAGAGAACUCUCGCUCCAACGCUCAGCGCAGGAAACUACAGCGAGAGCUGGAGGAAAUGAGUGACGGCAUGCAGAGCAUGAACCGCGAACUCAACACUCUCCGCUCCCAACUCAGCAUCACAGAACGGCAGAAGUCAGAACAGCGCGCUCCGCUCCCUAUCUCCAUGCGUGCUGGCCGCAGGGCUCUGGUGGAUGACCUUUCUCAGGAGAACUCUGAUUCUGAGGAUCCAGGUGCUUCACCCACCCCGUCCAGUGGCCCGCCGGGUACCCCCACACCCUCAGACAACGCCCUGGGCCCCCCUCCCCCCUACAGCCUUACAGACGCUGAAUAAGAAGGGGGAAUGUGAAAGAUGAACAGUUUUACUGGUUUAACUCGCAUAGCUUUUGCAGUCGUACACAUAACAGACCAUCCAUGCAGUCACACAUAAACUUGAAACUAGUAAAUGUGAUUUAUUGAUUUUAAAUGAACUGAUGAAUUAGCAUGCAAGAUGGAGAAAAUCGGAUGCAGUACUCUUAUAGUACUAUUUAAACCAAGCAGUAAGGACUGCAGUUUUAAAGUUGAGGAGAAAAAUAAACUACAUUUCCCAACAUUUCUUGGGAGAUACAAGUACUGUAUAUCGGUGCAGUAUAUCAGGCUUGUUGUGGCAAAAUUAUUAUGGCCACCUCAAGCUCUUUCUCAAUCAAUCAAAAGCCAUGUGUUUAGGAGAAAUUUGCAUGUUAAUGGCAAUCAAAGGCCAUUGGGUAUUGCACAGAUGAUCCCCGAUCAGGCUAAAAUGCAUCAUCUGUAGUUGCACAAGCCAUCAAACCCUCAAACCCCUGAUAAACUUUCUCUCGCUCACCCCUGAAAUUAUGUCAUGUUUUAAGAAAUUGAGAACUGAACCGGUACAGGGAUAUCUCUUUGGUAUUUUAGAAUAUCUGUGUUUUAAAAUUUUAGAAGUGAUAGCUCUACUUCAGAUAAAUAGACAACUUUGCUUUUUGUUAAACAUGAUUUGGCAAAGAUGAUGAUAAUAUGGAAGCCCAUUUCCACCCCAGAGUAAAAGAAAAAAAAAAAGACAAUUGCUACUUUAUAUGUGACUUUGAUUCUCAUAAUUGUGACUUUUUUGCUCAAUACUGUGACUUUACAUUUCGCAGUUGUAAGUUUGUUUCUUGCAAUUGCGACUAUAAAUCACAAUGUGACCUUUUAUCUCAAAAUGUGACUUUAUCGUAAUUGCGACGUAAUAUUGUGACUUUAUAUCUCACAAUUGCAUCUUUCUUUCCCAAUUCUGUCAUGACAACUCUUGGAGAGAUUGGUAUGUUAAUAGAGAUUAGCAUGGCAAUGGAUAUGGCAAUAUUAAUGUAUUUUGUCUUGGCGGAAUAGAUCUGCUUCGCUUCUGCUGCUGCAGAGCAAGUACAGAGACUGCCAAUACAUUCACAGACAUUGCUGUGAGGAUCUAAGACAUGCUGCUGCUGCUGCACAUGUAACAUACAUGAAUUAACCCCAUAGCAGACCUAUACAGGUGGAGCUGGGGAAGGAGGAGGGUUUCUGAAAGUGCGCUGCAGACUGCUAACAGCAACACUACCAGUAUUUGUUUGAAUGUUGAACCGCAUCAGCUGUGCUAAGUAGAUAAUGAUGUGACCUCUCAGCCUAUGCCAUCUAGAGUUUCAUGUCAGAACUAGCUAAUAUUGUGACUUUACAUCUCACAGUUGCAAGUUUGUUUCUCACAAUUGUGACUACAACUAACACCUUACAUGUCAAAAUGUGACUUUGUAUCUUGUAACUGUGACUUUAUAUCUCAGUGUGACUUUACAUCUUGCAAUUUUCUUUCUUAAUAUUGUGACUUUAUAUCUCGCAAUUGUGAGUUUGUUUCUACUAAUUGUGACUUUAUAACUCACAAUGUGAUUUUAUAUCGCGCAAUCCGUCUUGUAUCUCGUAAUUGCGACUUUGUAUCUCACAGUGUGAAUACUUCUUAUUUUAAACUUUAUCUCACAGUUAGUUUUUUAUUUUUUACUCUGAGGUAACAAGGGGCUUCCAUAGAUGACAAUUUAUGCGCACAAAGCUAUGAUUGUAUCAAACAGACAGAAAAGUGAGAAAGAUAAAAAUGCUGUUACAUACGUGAGCAGUCCAUGAUAGCUUUUACAUCUUAGCCAUAACCUGACCAUAAGAAAAGAACGGGGAUUCAAAAAAUAAUAAUCAUUUAAAAAAAAUAAAUAAAUAAAUAAAUACAUGAAAGGUCAAAAAAUACUGGACUUCUAGCAGAAAACAAACAAAAAAGCAGCCAAAGCUGACAGAUUUCACCUCCAUGUAUAUUUAGCAGUAACAGUUAUUAGAUAUUUGAAAUAUACCUGCUCUGAUCUCAUUCAAACUUUAGUAAUCAGUUCAACUCCCUAUUAAGUUCAGGGUAACUGUGCUACAGAUUGUACCCUCUUAGAUACUGUGCGUAGAUAGUUAGGUCGCUCUAAAGGGAUGCUUUUGUCAGUAGUGACAUAGAUAGGUAGUUAGGAUUUCUUAAUUUAUGUCUUAACACAUCUGCUCCAGUUUCAGACUACUGACUCGUUGUAAUUUUUAUCAAUUAAGAGAAUUCCAGUAUGCGGUCUAUUUAUUUUGUUUUGUAUUUUUUUCUGCACAUAGACAUGACAUGGUUGUUGUAUAGUUUGCAAUUUAAGUAGAAACAAGGCAAAAUGAAAGAUUUUUUGAGGGUAAGGAUGGGUUUACACUUUGCAGGGUAUCAGUCAGUAACACUGGACAGAAUAAAAAUACAUUUUCACCAUAUAAGCUGCAAUGGGCCUCAAAGAAUAUAACACAUCAGAAACAAAUAACACAUGCGUUUGAGACUGUUUUGACAAUGGUCAAGAGUGAGAAGCCUGUGAUCAGGAUUUCUGAGAGUUAUGGUAUGAACCUGGAAGAGAUGAACCUCUGAUAUCUUGCCUGUUUUUCCCAGGGGUUGAAGGCUGCUAGUUGCUCCUUAAUUAUCUCGUUAUAUCAAUGUAACUUUUUUUUCUCUUUUUAUUUUUGUUUGAUUGUUUGUUUGAUCAUUUUUGAAUGCGGUAAAUAUUUAUGGAUCAAAGUGUUUAUGUUGAACACAAUCUGGGGCAUAUGGAUGACAAAAGGGACAUUAUUAUAGCUGUAUGCAUGUCAGCAGUGCCUGUAGUAUCUGCAGAAUAUACAAAAUGGAUUCCAUUGAAAAUCACUAAGAACGGGGUCUGGAAUUUGAUAAAUAAAUUGCAAUAUUAGGUCUCCCUGAACAACAAUCUGACUCAGACAUCCUUCUCAAAGGUGCUUUUUUCAUACAGGCGGUGAUGUGAUACAUUUUAGAAAACAGUUGUUUAUUGGUUCUGAAAUGUUUUAAUUGAAUUGACGAAUCCUUCGGCAUGUCAAAUGAAAGUUUCCCUAAACUGUACGAAUGUCUCUAAUAUUUUCAUUCUUGGAUAUUGUAUGGUGAUGAGCAAAUUGAUGCACUGGCUUACACUCGCUAGUUUUUCCAAGUGAUUCAAUUUAGCAGUAUUAUACUGUGAAUAAUAAUUGUUUGUCACCAAUAAGUAUUGGAACAUGUUUAAGAUCUUUUCAGCCUGUGAAAUUACAAAGUUCUUUGAUUCCCUGAUGCACUGAUGUGUUUAUUACACUGUUAUUACCACAGUUAUUACUAUUUCAUACAGUAUCUGUCCCAUAAAUCGGAAAGCAGGGUUUUCGUAUCAGAUUACACUGUAUGUAAAAUGUCUGUAAUAGGUUAUGUAGAUAACAUUUUGAUACUUUAUUUGUUUUAUUUGCCCCAAUGAUGUUUAAAUUUUCAAUUUUAGUGUAUUUUUAAUUGCCGGUCUCUAGAAUCAAGUUGGAAUUGUAUGCAGUUGUAAAAUGUUUAAUGAAAGGGAGGAAACCAUGCUGUUAAAGACAAAACUAUAGAAUCGCACACACAAGCCAAAAUACUCAAGCCUUGUAUUGAUUGUUUUUAUUCUACUUAUUUGUCCAUGUUAAAACACGUUCCUAAAUUAUAUCUGCCUAUGAUUUCUCUGACUGUUUGCCUUUCAAGCAACUCAACAUUGCUGCUAAAAUGUGUUUUGUCACUGACAAAUGUAGAAAAUCAUUUUGAUCGAUUUGUACAUUUAUCAUAUUUUGCAGAGCUGCAAACUCAAAAAUUCAAUUAUGGGAUAGCGUUUGAAUUCAAAAACCAGUCGUAUUUCUCAAAGUCCUAUAUUGUAGUUGAAUAAAUGAGCCUUGUUAUACUCAACUUGUGCUUUAUAAUGCAGCUUUGAGCCAGUGUGAGAUAAGUGGACAAUAGCAGAGAAUAUGUAUGAAAAGGAAUUAAAACUUCACAGGAGAUACAUGUGUGUAUCUGAGGUGUUUCUGAA